CGUUUGCUAGUUUGUUUACGAUUGAAAAAUUGAGUCUAGCGACAGCAAAACACCGGCAUUAACUAUAUUUUUCCCUUAAUCUGUUAAAAUAUUUUCCAGUUUGUUCAAUCUCUCCGACGCAAAGUGUCAGCUGCGCCGGAUAAUCGAUCUCUGUCUCUGCAUCAAGCCACAAUGCCAAUUUCAGACCCCGUGGUUUUGAGCUUUUUCGACACCGUCCUCAGGGUGUCAGACGUCGACCUGCUGAAGGGCCAGCACUGGCUCAACGAUUCUCUUAUCGGUUUCUUUUUCGAGUACUUGCAGAAGAUCAAGUACAAGGACUUCAACGACUUGCUGUUCGUCAGUCCUGAAGUGACGCAGUGCAUCAAGGGCAGUAGCAAGGAGGACUUGGACGGCUUCCUCGGACCGCUGGACGCCAAGAAUAAGAAGUUCAUCUUCUUCCCGGUGAACGACUCUGUGGUGUCGGAUGAAUCGGGUGGAUCGCACUGGAGCCUCCUCGUCUACAGCCAGCCAGAGGACAACACGUUUUUCCACUUCGACUCCAUGUCCACGGCAAAUUAUACAUCAGCCAAAAAAAUCGUGAUGAAGCUGGCGCCAUACCUGGCCGACGGAGGUGCCGACCUUGAAGAGUUCACCUGCCUAAGACAAGAAAAUUCCUACGACUGCGGAAUACACGUCCUUUGCAACUCGGAAAACAUCGCCAGCCACGCAUGUCUGUACGAAAAGGUUGGAAUCUGUCCACUUCUCGACCAGCGGGUUAUCGACAACCAACGCAAAGUCAUGCUGAAUCUCAUACGAGACUUUGGACACUACGGAACAAAAAUGGAUUCUGGUGAUGCGUCGUAAUACGAUAAAAAGCGAGCGGCGGGAUCACUACUUACUUGUACAAUCAAGACCCCUUUUAUCUAAUUAUUUCGCAACACUUAAAUUAUCCAGAGCUUGAAUUCUGCUUAUUAUCAAGUUUAGAGAAAGUACCAAGCAAGAAUCAUUUCGUAAAAUUGUGAUUUAGAAGAGGUAAUGAAAGCUUCAUCAGAAAUUUGUUUAAAAAAAGAAGAGGGGAAAUCUUGGGUCCGUUUGCGUUAUAUGUAUGAAAGGAGAAAUGUUUGAUUAAAUAAAAACUUGAUUUAAGA